GAUGUCGACGAUUUUUUUAUGCGGUUGUUCCGUGCCCGUACUCUUCAAUGGCGGCAAUCUCCUCUAUUCAGUGCUUCUUCUCUUGUUGCGAUGCUUCUCCUCAUCUGCGCGACCAGAACGUGUCGCUCUGGAGAUGGACUUCUAGGGUUUUGAUGUUUCGGAGUCUCCAUCCGUCUCCAGUUUCUGGCGCGGAGUUGAAGCGAAGGGGAGCUUUCGUCCGUGCAGCCAAGCAAGAUGCAGAGGGGGCGUUUAAGAAGACGGUGGAAAUAGAUCGCAUGAUUGAUGCUCUAAAGGAUGCCAACCCGAGAGAACUCGAGAUGCUUGUUGUCCAAAAUGUCCUUGCUUUUGACGAGGGCUUUUGGAUGCGCCUUGCGGUUAGGACAGAUACUUGCAAAUCAGAGGAUGACAAAAAGGACUAUGAGGAGCUCGCUACAAAUGUGAUGAGUAUAGUUGACUGUGUUGUCCAUAAGACUAAGGAACGGAUAGAAUCGGCCACUGAUGUCCUUAAGGGGAUUCUAAGACCUGUUGUUGAUGAAGUGGAAGAAAUCUCAUGGCCUCCAAGAGAUCCCGAAACUAUCAAACAAAUGGAAAAGGAAAUAAUCCAACGAGAAAAGGAAGGACUAUUGGAUGAGGGAUUUCUUUCAGAAGUAAAUGCUCAGCUACGACAAGCAAAAGAAGAUAAAGACAAACCGGGCCUUGAGGCUAUGCUGCAAAAGGUUCUGCAACUCUAUGCUGCCAAAAUACUCUCCAAGCGCAGCUAUGCAAAGAAAGGGAAUGAAAUUCUGAAGGCGGAGCAGUUCCUCGAGACACUGAUCAAAGCCCCUGAGGAUCAGUGGAAUAGACUUUUGCUGGAUGGACUGACAGUCGGAAAAGGAGAAAUUACACCCGAGGAGCUAUCGGCUGUUACCAAGAAACGGAUCGAGCGGACACUUAUCCGAACUGAAGGAGGCUCGUACCAGCAACGAGUCUUGACGGAAUAUCUCAAAGGGAUCGAGUCGAGAGCUGAGGAGAUUGUGAAUUUACUUCAGGGAAAAUCACAAUGAGACCCCAAACCGGGAAAAUUUUAUCUGGUACUUCCAGUUUACCAAACCAAUGGUUAUUGAUUGGUUUGGUUAGCAGGCACGGUCAGGCUUUCCCGGCUCAAUACUAUUAUUUUAUUUUCGUCGAACCAUAAUUGUAUUUGUUUACACUGUACCAUAAUUGUUUUAGCUUGUAUUAUUUAUUUAUUUAACUAUUUAUGUACCAA